CGCGUGGUUCCCGGUCCUACGUUGUAUAAGUAGGUUAGGGCCGUGAACCAUGGAGCUGCCAGCUCGGGGUUGUUCCACUAUCGCUUUUCGCUCAAGUUUCUCAUACAAGCAUUCAUGAUGAGGUAUCUCUCUGCUCUUUUCGCGACUUCGAUGGUGCGAAAUUCACUUGCGAAACCAGGUGUUCCGUCUCCAGAUGCGCAAGGACGAUACACGCUCGAGGCUGAAGGCAUCAAGGCGCAAUUCAUCCCUUAUGCCGCAACGCUCACUAACCUCUUCGUCAAAGACAAGAAUGGCAUAGAGCGAGACAUCGUUCUGGGAUAUGACAAUGCUUCUUACUACCCUGUGGAUCCUGGUCAUCCUGUAUACAAUGCCAUUCCUGGACGAUAUGUCAACCGCAUCGGCAAGGGCCAAUUCUCAAUCGACAACGUCACGUAUCACACCGAGAAGAAUGAUGGGCCGAACACGCUACACAGCGGCACCAAGAAUUGGUCGUUUAGGACAUGGAACGUCAGCAAAGUGUCGAAUACGUCGAUUACGUUCUCCAUCUACGACCCUGCCAACUCGACUGGCAUGCCCGGCCGGGUCGAGGCAAGCGUGACAUACUCGGUAAAGAAGAACAAAUGGAAGAUUGUCAUGGAUGCCAUCUCUCCCGAGGCGAAGACGCCCCUCAUGCUCACCCAGCAUACCUACUUCCAGCUCGAUGCCUUUGCGCGCCCCGGCAACCGAAGCAUCUGGAACCACACCUUGUAUAUGCCUGAGGCCAAGCGCGUCAUGGAAGCCGACGCGAACGCGUUGCCCACAGGCGUGAUUGCCAAUGUCACAGCAGGGGCCAUUGACGACUUCUGGUCCGCACCACAUCAACUGGGCUUUGCUUCAGGCAACGCUGGAUUUGAGAACCAUUGCGGCAACGGAUGCCACGGGUACAACGGCAAUUGGGCAUUCAACACUAACAGGGACAAGAAGGCGACGGUACUCAGUCUGAGCAGCGAGUGGAGCGGCAUCAAGGCCGAUCUGACGACGAAUCAGGAUGCGGUUGUUCUGUACACGUGCAAUUGGAACGAUGGAAAGACGGAGUUUAAGAGCACGCAGGGCGUCGCAGGCCAGAACAAGUUGAUUCCACGAGAUGGCUGCAUCGCUAUUGAGGCCCAGGAUUACGUCGAUGGCAUCAACCACCCUGAGUGGGGUCGCCUAGGUAAGCAGAUUGUCGGCCCAGGAGACAAGUAUCACUGGGAGGCUGCAUGGUCGUUCGGCACAGUAUAA